UUCAGACUACGUGGUCAAGGAGAGAGAGAGAGAGGGGAAGAGAAGGGAAUUCCCCAGUCUCUCCCCAAACCUAAAUCGAUUGCCAAAUCGACCCGAAGCCAUCCCCGAUUACGAACCCGAUCUUACGACAUGAUCCGGUUCAUCCUGCUGCAGAACCGGCAGGGGAAGACGCGGCUGGCCAAGUACUACGUCCCGCUGGAAGACUCCGAGAAGCACAAGGUCGAGUACGAGGUGCACCGGCUGGUGGUCAAUCGGGACCCCAAGUUCACCAACUUCGUGGAGUUUCGCACGCACAAAGUUAUCUACAGGAGAUAUGCUGGACUAUUUUUCGCAAUUUGUGUAGAUAUCACAGACAAUGAGUUGGCAUACUUGGAAUGCAUCCACUUGUUCGUUGAGAUACUGGACCAUUUCUUCAGCAACGUCUGUGAGCUUGAUUUAGUAUUUAAUUUUCAUAAGGUUUACUUGAUAUUAGAUGAGUUUAUUCUUGCUGGAGAGCUGCAAGAGACAAGCAAAAAGGCAAUAAUAGAGAGGAUGGGCGAACUGGAGAAGCUGGACUAAGUAAUUUGUCUGAUGAAGCCGUUCAAAACUCUCCUUUGAGAAUGUAUGCAGUUAUCAUACCAUGUUCUGUUCAAUCUUGUAUAGUUGUUCUAUCUUUAUCACCGGUGUAUUCUGAGUUCACUGAUAUUUGAACUUUGUGGGAAUCUAACAGCAGUAUUUUUUAUCCAAAUAUAAUGAUAAACAACAGUCUAUUCAUCCAAA